GUCCAGCUCCCUCCCCAGACUGCUGGCCUCCCAGACGGUGGCGGGGCCGGACUGGCGUGGCUGAGGGGACAAGACCAAGGCAGGAGAGAACCGGCUGGCCGGGAGAGCUCCACACAUCCAGCAAAAUGCUGUCCUGGCGGCUGCAGACGGGCGCGGAGAAGGCCGAGCUGCAGGAGCUCAACGCCCGGCUCUAUGAGUACGUGUGCCGGGUGCGGGAGUUGGAGCGCGAGAACCUGCUACUCGAAGAGGAGCUGCGCGGCCGGCGCGGGCAGGAGAGCCUGUGGGCCGAGUGGCAGGCCCGCUUCGCCGAGGAGGCGCGCGACUUGCGGCAGCAGUUGGACGAGCUGAGCUGGGCCACGGCGCUGGCGGAGAACGAGCGCGAUGCGCUUCGACGCGAACUGCGGGAGCUGCAGCACCUGGACGCGGAGGCGCGAGCCGCCCGCGGCCGCCUGGACACCGAGCUGAGCGCGCAGCGACGGGAGCUGCAGGAGGCGCUGGGCGCGCGCGCCGCCCUCGAGGCGCUGCUGGGCCGGCUGCAGGCCGAGCGCCACGGCCUCGACGCGGCCCACGAGCGCGACGUGCGGGAGCUGCGCGCGCGCGCCGCCGGCCUCACCAUGCACUACCGCGCCCGCGCUGCCGGCCCCGCCGAGCCCUCCCGGCGCCUGAGGGAGGUGCACGACAGCUACGCGCUGCUGGUGGCCGAGUCGUGGCGGGAGACCGUGCAGCUGUACGAGGACGAGGUGCGCGAGCUGGAGGAGGCCCUGCGGCGCGGCCAGGAGAGCCGGCUCCGGGCGGAGGAGGAGACGCGGCUGUGUGCGCAGGAGGCGGAGGCGCUGAGGCGCGACGCUCUGGAGUUGGAGCAGCUGCGCGCGCGCCUGGAGCAGGAGCUGCUGCGGAUGCGGGAAGAGUACGAGCUACAGGCGGAGGAGCGGCAGAGAGUGAUCUAUUGCCUGGAAGAUGAGAAGGAGAACCUCACCUUGGCCAUGGCUGACCGGCUGCGAGACUAUCAGGAGCUCCUGCAGGUGAAGACUGGCCUCAGUCUGGAGGUGGCCACUUACCGGGCCUUAUUGGAAGGAGAAAGCAAUCCAGAGAUAUUGAUUUGGACUGAGCAUGCUGAAAAUGUGCAACCAGAAUUCAGAAGCAAGGCCUAUCAAUAUACUGACUCAGUAUUACAAAGGGAAAAUCAAAGAAAUCUGUUCUCAAGGCAGAAAGCAACUUUGGCAAGUUCAAUUCCCAGCUCGGCAGUCUACUCCCACCGGUCCGGAUACCUUGGAUCUCAGACAACAAUGUCUACUGGAGGUGCUGCCAAAAGGGGCUCGGAAUACCCUUCCCUGGCCCCUACCUGGCACGAAAAUUCUUACAGAAAAAUUGUCAAUGGUCAAACCAGCUUCAGAACUUUUUCUCCAACCUAUGGUCUUUUAAGAGAUACUGAAACUCAAGUGAAAACGUUCACAGAAAGACCAAAAGCUGAAGAUACAAGGGACGCCCCCACUUACUUAGCCAAAGAUACUACAGUUGCCCAGGAGUCACAGCGAGACAACGUGGCAGCAGGUGCUCCCAGAAGCACUCAGUUAAAUGAGAGGACUGUCACUUUGGGAAAGAAAACAGAAGUGAGAACCACAAGGGAGCAAGAAGGAAGCAAACCAGGAACCAUCAGAAAAAAGCAAGAAGAGAAAAUGUUUGAUUCUAAAGAGAAGGCUUCAGAGGAGAGAAAUUUAAGAUGGGAAGAACUGACAAAGUUAGAUAAAGAAGCAAGAGAGAGAGAGAGCCAGCAAAUGAGGGAAAGGGCUAAAGGGAAGGACUCACUGAAGGAGAAGAGUGUGAGAGAAAGAGAGGUGCCGAUUAGUGUAGAAGUAUCCCGGGACAGCAUACCAGAGACGUCCCCUAAAAGUCUGCAGACGCAGAUGCCAGGAAAGGAGGAUACUGGUGACGGUGCAGGUACAGGUGGAGAGGUGGACACCAGAGAGGCACGGUUCAGGUUGGGCACUGGUGAUACCACCAGCUCUCUGACAGGUGAUUCCAUGACAGAAACCAUAGCAGAAAACAUCGUUACCAGCAUCCUUAAGCAGUUUAGUCAGUCUCCAGAUACAGAAGCAACUGUUAAUUCUUUUCCAGACACAAGAGUCACUUACAUGGAGAGGAGAGAGCUUCCUGGUGAAAGGAAAACAAAGACCGAAAUAGUUGUGGAGUCUAAACUGACUGAAGAUGUUGAUGUCUCCGAUGAGGCUGGCCUGGACUACCUUUUAAGCAAGGAUAUUAAGGAAGUGGGGCUGAAAGGAAAAUCAGCUGAGCAGAUGAUUGGAGAUGUAAUCGAACGAGGUCUGAAAGGGAAGGAGGGGAGAGCAAAGGUGGUCAAUGUGGAGAUCGUGGAAGAGCCUGUGAGCUACCUAGCUGGUGACAAGGCAGAGGUGUUCUCUGUCCCAUUCAAGGUGGAGGAGGUUGAUGAUAUGUCUCCCGGCGCCAAGGGGCUUGUUGAGGAAGAGGAGAGUUACGAAGAAACCGACGUCACAUUCUCAGUUACUCAACGUCAAAGGACCAGGCAGCCUCAGGAGAAGGUAGCUCACGUUGAAGAAGUGACAGAGGCAGGUGACUCAGAGGGAGAGCAGAGUUAUUUUGUGUCGACUCCAGAUGAACACCCUGGGGACCAUGAUAGAGAUGACAGCUCCGUGUACGGGCAGAUCCACAUCGAGGAGGAAUCCACCAUCAGGUACUCUUGGCAAGAUGAAAUUGUGCAGGGGACGUGGAGGAGAAAAAAAAGGGAUGAUGAGGUCGGUGAGAAGGUUGUGCAGCCCCUGGAUGUUCCAGCACCUUCUCUGGAAGGGGAUGCAAGUUCUGUUCACUGGAAAGAACAAGCUAGAAGUGGUGAAUUUCAUGCUGAACCAAUAGUCAUUGAAAAGGAGAUUAAAAUACCACAUGAGUUCCACACCUCCAUCAAGGGCAUGUCCUACAAGGAGCCCCGGCACCAGCUUGUGGAGGUGAUCGGGCAGCUGGAAGAAACCCUUCCGGAGCGCAUGAAGGAAGAACUGUCCGCCCUAACUAGAGAGGGACUGGGUGAGUCAGGGGGCGUUUCAGUCGAUGUAAAGAAAGUCCAGACCUCUGGUGGUGGUUCUGUGUCCUUGGUGGCUGAAGUCAGCCUCUCUCAGACUGUGGAUGCUGAUCAGUUAGACCUGGAGGAGCUGAGCAAAGAUGAAGCCGGAGAAAUAGAGAAAGCCGUGGAGUCAGUGGUGCUAGAGAGCUUGACCAAGCGACAUGGCUCAGCACCAGGAAGCCCAGGCAGGGAAGGCAGAGUGGAGGCCUCGGCUGUUGGCAUCAAGCGAUGGGCCACCAGGGAACUGUACAGCGCCUCUGGUGAGAGUGGGGGAGCUGGCGGGGCCCCCGACAGCAGGGAACAGCUCGCUUCCCACGGCCCAGUGUCAGCCACUGUAGAAGUCAGCAGCCCCAGGGCCUUUGCUCAGUCACACGUGCUGGAGGAUGUGAGUCACUCUGUAAGGCACAUUAAACUAGGUCCCACUGAGAUCUGGAGGACUGAGCAAGUCUCGCAGGGAGGACCCACUACAGGAGUGGUGGAGGUAAGUGGGGGAGGUAACCUCAGGCAGGCAGUGAGCUUCACCGGAGUGUCUGGUCCCCAUCAGAGUCAAGCAUCCAAAGAAGCCUUCUUCCAAGGCCCUGCCCCUGCCUGUCAGGAGGUGGGAGGCACAGAAGACGUAGGCCCAGCAGAGUUUUCCACAGACACUCCCGACAUAUCAGGGAGGCACAGCACAUAUGGCCCCAACCAGUUUCAUGCUGAAAAGGAAAUUACCUUUCAGGGUCCCAUUUCUGCGGCAGGGAAGGCUGGUGAUUCCUCUGCAGGGGAAGAGGCAGUGGGUAUCCACACUUCCGUGAGGCACCUUCAGUUAGGCCCUAAAGGACGGUUCACUGAGCAAAUCCAGUUUGUAGCCCCACUUCCAGGCAGAAUGGAGUCAGGUGUCACUGAAGAUUCCGUGCCCACAGAAGAGUUCCCAGGGAAUGACAUGUCCAUCAGACGUGUCCGUAUUGAACCCCAGAGGCAUCAAACCACUGAGCAGAUAGUUUACCAUGGGCCAGUCCCCCAGCACGUGGAAUUUAGUGCUUCAGAAAGCAGCACUGUCUGCAGAGAGGGCUCGGCAGAUGUGACCCAGGCCACUUGUAGUUACACAUUGGGGGGUAAAGCCCUAAUGACUGAAAAGAGUGCCCUCCAAAGGGUCAUUUCCAAAUCUUCUCAAGACGAUAAUGUGGAAGACAUGUCAGAGGCAAAAGUGACAUCGGGCAUUAGCAGAUCCUUUAGGCACAUUCAACUAGGUCCUCUUCCUGGUUCAGCAGACCCCCUUGAGCUGGGUGGUUUAGUGGAUGGCGGUGGAACACUAAGGCACAUUGCCCUGGGGCCCAAAGAAACUUCAUUUACCUUUCAGAUGGAUGUGAGUCACAUAGAGGCCACCCCCCGCUGGACACAAAAGGCAGGAAUGGAAGCAGAUGAUCACAGUAUGUCUGACCGUGGUGCCUGGAGAGACACGGACAGUAGGAAUGACCAGGCAGCCAGCGCGAGCUUUACCGCCCCUGGGGGAGCUGGACACCAGGUCCACGGAGAGCAGGGCAAGGCACAGGCAGAGUUUGAUAAAACGGUGCAGUUGCAGAGAAUGGUAGACCAAAGGUCAGUGAUCUCGGAUGAAAAGAAAGUUGCUCUCCUCUAUCUAGACAAUGAGGAGGAGAAUGAUGGGCAUUGGUUUUGAUGAACAGAAAAUAUUUUGUUUUAAAUGACACCUUAUUUGGUAACAUACCAACAUACAAAGGCCUUAUUUCAAGGGGUGGGGAGAAGCUCACUUGUAAACCCUCCCCCUUUUUUGCUUUCUUUAAAGUUCUCCAGGCAGUGUCAAUUUAUUUUAAAGUUAAUCUAUAAAGGUUUAAAAUUCAUGCUUCAUAAGGCAUUGGCAUUUUAAUUUGAUUUGGGACUUUUACAAAACACUUCUUUUUCCUGAAAAUGUCUCUCCACUUUGGGAGACAAAGUUCUACCACUUCUGCACCUGGUCACAGACAUGGCUUGCAUCUGCUUAAAAACAAUAAUUAUCUUAAGGGCAAGAUGCCUAAACAUUAACCAGAUUAAAGUAAUAUUAUAUUAAAGAGUAAAUUUUGUUUGCAUGUGCUACUAAGAAAUAAUAAACUAACAUUUUAAGGGAAAAAUAAAUAUAUUUUCUUCCAAAGUCUUUCCAAAAAGAAAUCCUUGGAAAUAAGCAGACUGCUUAUGUGAAGAAAAUUUUGCUAAAUGAUUUCAUCUUUAGGAAAAAGUUGCAGAUGGAAUUAAAUGAAUUGCUGUCUAUGUGCAGAACUUUAAAAAAUACAGUAUUUUAUUUAUGGAGAGGACAGCUGUAGUCUAUUAUAACAUUUCAAAUUACAUUUGCACAGCUUCUCCUUCACUGGACCCAUGAAUAGGGGACAUGGUUAUUGGGUGUCACUGAGGGUAUCAUUUCUU